AGGCCUGAGGGGUCAUUACAAACAUGAGACUUCAGUCUGCACUGCAUCUACAAACAAGACAGACACUGUGACUGCAUUCAUGUUUUCUUGGGGUGACAAUGAGGCAGUGAAUUCAACUACCUUGGUAGGGAAGGCUCUUUGUGAGACUGGCCAGAUCUCCAGAAGGAAACUAGAAACCAAACCAUCAUCUCCAACUUCCUCCUUAUGGGCUUCUCUGACCACCCAGAGCAGCAACCUCUCCUGUUCACACUCUUCUUGGGAAUGUACCUGGUGACUUUAUUGGGGAAUCUGGCCAUCAUCCUGGCCAUUGUCUCUGGCCAGCAUCUUCAUACACCCAUGUACUUCUUCCUAGCCAACCUGUCCUUCAUUGAUACCUGCUUCACCUGCACCAUUGUUCCCAAAGUGCUGACCAACAUCCAAACCCAGCAUCAAACCAUCUCCCACACUGGGUGCCUUCUGCAGAUGUGUUUCUUCAUGACACUGGCCAUGCUUGAUGACUUCAUAUUGGCUGUGAUGGCCUAUGAUCGCUAUGUGGCCAUCUGCCUUCCACUACACUACACCACUAUCAUGUGUCCCCAAAGAUGCCUGUUGCUGGUGGCCACAUCCUGGCUCUGCUCCAACCUCCUGGCCUUAUCACUCACACUCCAGAUGGCUCAAGUCUCCUUCUGUGCCUCCCAUUCCAUUCCACACUUUUUCUGUGAUCUUCUCCCACUGCUCAAGCUUGCCUGCUCAGACACCCAUACCUUUCAGCUCAUAAUGUUUGCUGAAGCUGCUCUCUCAGGUGUGCUCCCUCUCACUUGUGUCCUAGUCUCUUAUGCCCAUAUCAUGAAUACCAUCCUCAGGAUCCCCUCUUCUGGGGGAAAGCAUAAAGUCUUCUCUACCUGUGGUUCACAUCUGACAGUGGUCACUCUGUUCUAUGGAACUGUCUUUCUAGUAUAUUUCCAGCCAUCAUCCUCCUACUCAGCAGACACUGGAAUAGUGGCAUCCAUUGUUUAUACAAUGGUCACCCCCAUGCUCAAUCCUUUUAUCUACAGCUUAAGGAACAAAGACAUGAAGGGAGCUUUGUGGAAACUGUUUGACUUGGGAAAACACUGUAAUCUGUAA